GUUCGUUAAGCGGCCUGGUGCAUCGCCGUCCUCAACUGUCAAGUCCCCUCGCUCACUCACCCCCAAUCCGACAUUGUUCGCAACGAAGCCCGACCAAUUACAAAACGCCAUUGUUCUAUAAACUGUUGUGUUUUUACAGUGAAACUUAACAAUUCGUAAGUCAACGAUGUCAGAAGACAAUCUGAAUGAAUUGAUUGAGAGGAAAGCGAAUGUUACCAAUGAAUUGCAGAGUUUAAGAGAGAAAAUCGAUAAGGAAGGAGAUAAAGCUGCGGUGCACAAGUUGAUAUCGCUGAGGCAGGCAUUGAAGGAGCUGGAAAGGCAAGAGCUUGAAAUCCAGUCUUCUAGUAAUUCUGAAUUGGAUGCUGAGGUUCGUAGAUUGGAGGACCAAAUAACAAAUGGGUAUGAUGGCCAGACUGUCUCUGAUGAAUUGGAUCGUCUGUUGAGUGAAUCAGUGGAGAAAAUUGAUUCAGCUAAAGGGGAACUUGCAGCUAGAUCAAGGGCAGUGCUGGCAGUGCAGCGCCAGAUUGAUGAUGUUCCAUCUCAAUCAGAACUCAUCCAGUAUGAACGCCGGUUUUCAGAACUGAAUGCUCAAAUUCAGGGAAAACUUCAACAAACUCGUAAAUUCUAUGCCACAUAUAAUGCACUUUUGGAGAUCAAAGAAUUGAUGCUAAAGGAAACAUCUUUAUUGAAUUCAAUAAGUUCACAGUUUCAAGAUGCAAUCACUAGCACUGAUGGUCGCAUGAAACUUAUUAACUCCAUGGAGGGAAUCAUAAAGGGCAGUCAACAGAAGCUACUAAAGGUACAACUUGGACUUAAAGAAGAGCAAAAAGUUUGUGAUGCUCUGAAGGCGAAGCAUGUUGCAGCAACUGCAGAGCAAAGGCACUGUUAUUCUCUCUUAAAAGCUUUCCAGGAGGAAUGUACAAAGAAUGAGGUACUCAGAAGAAGUGCCGCUUAGAACAUCUCCGCAGCAUGUGAAGUCGAGUUGUUAAACCAACUUCAUGCCAUCUCAUCGGUUGAAUGCUUACUCAUUCAUUUGAAAUGAAGGAUUGGACAUCAUAAGUUCUUGUAAAUUAAAAAUCAAACAUUUUCCAGGUCGAGCUUCUUGAAUGUUGUACUACGUACCAAGAUAAAAAUAAUGAAUAGAAAGAUCAGCUUAAUCAGCUUGAUGUAGAAAUUCAACUCAUCUUUUUCA